AUAAAUAUUUGAAGCACGCCAAAAACGCGGCGUCAUUUUGUAAUCAUCUUAAAAGUAAUUUUUAAUCCAAGUUUUCCAAAGGUGAAUUUCGGCGCCAAACGAACGAGAGAGAUGUCCUUUCUGGCGAAGCUGGAAAAUUCGAACAACACCGGAACCGACGAUGAGGACUCGAGUGUGUCCGCGGGCCGGGCCAAGCCGGCGGACGCUUCGCUGCAGUCCUCGUUCAACAUCGAACCGUUCAACCCGGCCAAAAUGAAGUGGCCCCGCUGGGUGGACCGGCUGGAAAUGGCCUUUCAGCUGUUUGACAUUCCGGACUCGCGCCGGUUGGCCAUCCUGUUGCACUACAUGGGACCGGAAUCGUACGACAUCGUGGCGGACGCGUUGGCUCCGGCCAAGCCACUGUCGCGGACAUUCGACGAGAUUGUGAAGCUGCUGGAGAAUCACUACAGUCCGAACGCGCCGGAGAUUAAGGCGGUGUUCAAGUUUAUGAGCCGGAAGCAGGGUGAUGCGAGGCCGUUUGAAACGGCCGAGGAGUUUUUAGGAGCGCUGCGGAAGUUGGCCGAGGGAUGUAACUUUGGGCCGUACUUGGAGAAGGCGCUGCGGAAUCAGUUUGUGUUUGGUUUGCGGAACAAGACGACGCAGAGCAAACUGCUGGAGAUGCACGGAUUGACGUUGGCCAAGGCAAGGGAGGUCGUGGCGCAGGGACCCAGUUUUAAGGCGAAAGCGCGUGAGGUUCCGAGUCCGGUUAAGGUUUCGCGGUCUUUCCAGGAGGAGCUGGAAGCCACAGAGGAGCAUAUUUCUGACGAACAAGAAUUCUUGGGAUACAACGAGGACUCGGAGCAGUACACAUCGCCGGUACAGGUCAAGAGUUCCAAUUCGAGUCGGGCGAAGGAAAUGAACGUGGUCUACGCUAGUUCCAUUACGAUGGACGUUGAUGAAGACCAGCAGCCGAUGGCUCGUCAACCGAGAGUUUUGCUGCAGGACAUUGGUAUGUUCAAUUCUCCUUGGGAGCAAGGCCCGACCUGCAAGCGACGAUUCGUCGAAGAUCUCAACGUUACUCCCGACAUCAUCCGUCAGAUUUUGGAGAAUUGCCCCGCGAGUCAGGACGUCUUGCGCAAGAUGAGCGAUCAGAUUCCUCUGGAGAAAAACGACAAGAAUCUGAUCUGCCGCACGAUUUGCAACAACAUGAUGGGUUCGGAGGUCCGCCAGGGCAUGACCGUCAAGAUUCACGACAAGAUCCAGCUCGCCAAGGUCAUCAUCGAGGCGUAUCCCGAGCUGCAGUGCAACGAUCCGGAUCGGCCACCCGAGUCGGACUGGUUCUGGGAGUGCAACGGCGAAGAAAAGGGCGGCCACACCGGUUACAUCCAGCACUGGGUGCGCAACACCAUGUCCAAGUCGGCCAAAAGGGACUCCACACGCAAACGGCGCGUUCCGGUGCACCAUCCGGGACUGGAAGUACUCGUCCAGGAACUGCACGCCCUGCUCGAAGAACCGGAGAAUCGCGACCGCAUAUUUUCGCUCAUGACCGAAACGUUCCCGCUGCGCCAGGAGAUGCGCUUCCGCAAGAAGAUCAACGCCGAACUGGCCGCUCAGUUCCCGCAUCUGCUGCAGCACGGCGGAGAAAUGCUCGACCACGAGUUCAACCUGAUGUUUCCCGACCGUAAAACGAUUCGCACCUUUGAGUCUAUUAUUCCUUUUUGCAUGAUGCUCGAAGGAAACUUCCCCGCUAUCGAGUGCUCCGGAAUCCUGUCGAUCCUCAAGGUCAUGUGCACCCUGUCCAACACGUUCAUCAGCAACAUCACCAAACGGAACGACCCGCUCGGGCUGCACCCGAUCGAGGACUACAUCUCGGCGAUGGUUCGCUGGCGCCAGCCGGACCAGGAUCUCGACUACGUGCUCGCCAACCUGGAGGUGCCGCCGUACAUUUUCGUCGACAGUCCGGCCUUCGGGAGCGGAGACUUUCACGCCAUCAUCGAGGGCACGGCCUUCAACUGCGGGGACGACUUUUGCCGCGCGUUCGAUCUCGUGCUGAAGGCGUACAAGGUAUUUGCGUACACGUGCGACGUCCGCGCCAAGAAGGUCGUCAGCUUCUUCGACAUCUCCGUGUACAACCUGUACAAGUUCAGCCGGAUGGUCACGGUGAACGCGCUGUGCGAACGGAUGAAGGCGGCCACGGCGGUGGCCUGAGGCCGAUGUCGAUGGUUGGGAUUUGAUGUGUAGAUUAAAGCUGUUGUCCUUUCUUGAACAUGCAUAACAAUGAGUGCAUUUUUCUUUUCACGCUGUAUAAACAAAGACUAAAUACCAAUAAACUUUUCAAAAAUCGCAAA